UGAACACUCCCCAUCGUACGAUUCUAAUCUCAGACAAGAUCACAACCGUCCAUACGCCAAAAAAGUCUUAUGUGGGACCUACUCUUUUGAAACGACGAGUCCAAGAAGUACCAAACUACCAAACGAGAAAGUUCAAAAAUCAGUACCUGAUCUUAUUCCGACAGUUGUUUGAGUUUUAUAUUCCUUCCCAACAUAGAAACAUUAUUACUCCUAUUAUUAUCUUCGCCGAUUGAGUCAAAGAAAAGAUUUAAGAAGCCUGAAUUUGAUGGGUUGGUUUGUAUUCGAUUUUGGUGAAAUGGCUGUUAACCUCUUUGCCUGUUCAGGUGAUGAAACAAGGCUAUGCAAUAAUUGAAUCUUUAUAAUCAGUGAAAUCCAGGCAGUUGUUUUUGAAAAGAGUGUCUGCAAAAACUAUAGUUGAAGUCACACCUAAUGGCUAGGAUAAAACCUCAGGCUCUACUACUCCAAAGCAAAAAGAAGAAGGGUCCUACUCGUAUCGGUGCCAGCACAAUAGUAUUAUGCAACUUAGUUGUUGCCUUGAUUGUAUUGUCCAUAAUGGCAACUUAUCGGCACUGGUAUAAAAGGUCAAUGGACCAAACAGAGGAUGGGAAGUCAACUUUUGAGGGCACUGACGUUCGCACGUUUGUAGAUUUGAAGAAGUAUGAUCUUCCUGGUUAUGCUAUUUUGAAUACAUCAAAAGGUUAUAUUACGAUAGAACUUUACAAGGAAAGCUCCCCUGAGAUUGUUGACAGAUUCCUUGACUUAUGCCAAAAAGGGUACUUCAAAGGGAUGCCUUUUAAUCAUGUGAUCAAAAACUAUGUGAUUCAAGGAGGCGAAUACCAGGGGCUUGGGGCUGCUGAAGAGUUGAUAUCACAUGCAAAGCUCCAUCUUCAACUCGGCACAAGUCCAAAACAUGAGGCAUUUAUGCUGGGAACUUCAAAAACUAGGCUAGAUAGCAAAGGAUUUGAUCUUUUCAUUACAACUGCACCAAUACCAGAUAUGAAUGAUAAACUUACAGUGUUUGGACGGGUCAUCAAGGGAGAAGAUGUGGUGCAGGAAAUUGAAGAGGUGGAUACUGAUGAACACUACCGGCCUAAAUCUUCUGUAGGAAUCAUCAAUGUUGCUCUGAAACGUGAAAUUUGAGUGCUAAGUCAAUCUAAUGUUAAGUACUUCUAAAUGGCGUGGUUCUCUCUUGACUAAUUUGCUUGCUGAUAUUUGUCGCAAAGUUUGCUAUUUUGCAUAAUUUUUCAUUCAAUUUUUUCAUAAUCCCCAUGCUGCUAGUUUCUUUAUGCUUUUUUUGUACAUUGAGUAUUGUUUUUUCUCUCUUUGGAAGCAGCGGCAAUUUUUUUUAUUGGGGUAUAUGUAACAUAAAGGUUGAUAGGAGUUCGUGAAGUAACAGUAUUUGGUUAAAUUUCAUAUGCUUGAUAGAAAAUUCUUUGCCUUUUAAUGUGGUUGAAACAGUAGAAAAUUGUAUGUCGUUUA